AUGGUAGUCACUUCCUCAUCCAAGUCCAAGGGAACACAUUCUGCACCUUCAGACAAGGAGAGCAGAAAGUUAGAUGCAUUUGGACGACGUUUGUACUCUACGGGAGCACUAGGAGUAAAGACCACCAAUUACUUAGCGUGUAUGAGUAGAUACCAGUACACUUUGUGGGAAAGGCUUGCUGAGCUUCUGGCUCACCUUCCAGAAGACAAGCAUCAGGCAGCCCGCAUCAUCCAAAAGGAGGGCAUGGUGCUGGUAAAGCAACAAAUCAAUACCUCCAAACAUGACCUAGACACUUCCUCAAGGACAAUGGCUUCAGCCAUAGCUCUACGAAGCCAUUCCUUGCUACGCAACACCAAUCUACAGCCAGAUACUAGGUCAUACGUAGAGGACCUCUCCUUUGAUGGCCUUGGUCUGUUUAACAGUACUACAGACACCAUAUUACAAGAUAUGGAUAAAAGCAUAAAAGCUUCUCGUGCUCUGGGCGUUUCCUCAUCCACGAGGCAGCAAUACCGACCUCGUCCCUGGUCCAGACCCUGGCACAAAUGCACCCCAAACCGUCAAUCUCUUGACUGGCAAUGGAGGCCACGAACAUCCUCUGGAGGCCAGAAACCCUCAUUCCAGAAACCUAGAUUUGGAUCGGGACAACAGUCUUCCCGCAGUAAGGAGGCAAAGUCCGCCAAGCCUCGAAGUAGAGGAAAACCUGCCGUGGAGGAUGAAGACAGUAUGGAUGGGUUGGAGGCAGCAGAAACAGAAAACACUGUGGAAACCGAAGUUAAAGAACAAUCUUCAGAGGAGGACGCGCACACUGAAGUGGAUGGCAACAAGAAGCUAACACCAAUUCUUCAGCGCGCGGUGUCUGAGGAAUCUGCAAGCUCCGUUGCCUCAAUUGGCGUUGAAGCCAAAACCAGAGAACAUCUCUGCGCCUUUUGUUACUGUGGGGAACGAAGCUCAUUAGGACAAGGAGAACUGAAACAAUUCAGUCCAACACCAGGGUUUAUCACUCCAUGGAACAACCAGGCUUUAAAGAAGAGUGAAACUGGGGAAGGCAACGAUAGCAUUUCUGAGAGUACUCCAAGGCAGAACUCAGUCCCACUCAAAUCAAGAGGACAAAAGAAAGAGAAGUCUCAUCAGAGUAUAACAUCAUGUACAAGUAUAAGCACUCAAACUACUCCUGAUGAUCAAGUAGUCAGAAUCUGGGAUGAACUCAAAAUGGUUGGCCUACCAGAUGACAUUGAUGUCCAAGCCUUAUUUGAGCCAACAGGUCACUGCUGGGCUCAUCACCGCUGUGCGGAGUGGUCACUGGGAGCAUGCCAGACUGAAGAGUCGCUACCAGUGAAUGUGGACAAAGCCGUUGUCUCAGGGAGCACAAAACAAUGUGCAUAUUGUAAGCACCUUGGAGCCACUAUCAAAUGCUGUGAAGAGAAAUGCACCCAGAUCUACCAUUACCCAUGUGCUGCUGGAGCAGGCACUUUUCAGGAUUUUAGUCACUUCUCCCUUCUUUGCCCAGACCACAUUGAUCAGGCUCCACAAAGAUCAAAGGAAGAAGCAAACUGUGCAUUGUGUGAUAGCCCUGGAGACCUCCUAGAUCAACUUUUUUGUACUACCUGUGGGCAGCAUUACCAUGGGAUGUGUCUGGAUAUCCAAGUGACACCUAUAAAACGGGCAGGUUGGCAGUGUCCUGACUGCAAAGUGUGCCAGAACUGCAAGCAUUCCGGAGAAGAUAACAAGAUGCUUGUGUGUGAUACAUGCGACAAAGGGUAUCACACCUUUUGUUUACAACCAGUUAUGGACUCUGUACCAACAAAUGGCUGGAAAUGCAAAAACUGCAGGAUAUGCGCAGAAUGUGGCACACGUACUAGUAGUCAGUGGCAUCACAACUGUCUUAUGUGUGACAGUUGUUACCAUCAGCAUGACAGCCUACCUUGUCCUUUCUGUGAAAAAUCAUCCCAUCCAGACUUGCAAAAAGACAAGCUGCGUUGCCAUAUGUGCAAAAGGUGGAUUCACAUAGAAUGUGACAAACCUCCUGAUAAUGACCUGGAUGCUCAGUUAAAAGAGUAUAUCUGCAGUCUCUGCAAACAUUCAGAAGGGGAAGAAGUACAUUCACAACCAUGUGAUAUAAUGGAGACUGCCCAACUGCUUCCUGAAACUGGCACAGAUGAAAUGGAAAUAGAAGAUGGUGCAGAUGAUAUGGUAAAGAAGGACCAGCUAAUAAUGGACAGCAGCCUUGCUCAAGAGUCGGCCAUUGGAUGCAUCGUAGAUGGUAAGAACAUUGUGUAG